UUAGCCUCUGAGCCGCUAAAACCAGCUCACAUGGACGUAGGAGAUUGUGAAAGUUUGAUUUAAAUUGCGAUGAUGACGUCCAUUUGUGAAGAGGUUCUUAUGGAACAAUAUAAAUCUGAUGUACCGGAAGUUAAAGGCUGUUGACAAACCGUCAUAUGCAUUGGCACACAAACUAUCUAAACACCGCAUUGUUAGAUGUUUCAUUGACAACGGCGUAAGUUUGUAUAUAAAUCAUAGGCUACAAACGGCUACGAACUGUUUGAUUAUUCUAUGAGGCUGUUUUUUUAUAGAACUAUAGUGGUGCCAUAGGAAUGUUGUCCAUAAUUGAACGUGAAUGAAGAGGAAGCGAAUCUAUACAGAGAUCCGUCUUAGAAAGCAAAUAGAAUUCGACGAAAGUUUCACCUGUACAUUGUAGGAGCCAAGGAUCGUUUAUCUUGAUCAUCGAGAGGAUAUCGGACGGAUUUAAAAUCCACAACGGUAAAGACCAGACUAUGCCAGUUUUAAUAACAUAAAACUAUGUUUUAUUGAUGUACGUAAAGUAAUAAAGACAAUGCGUUGUGGGUCGUGAAAGACUUACAAAAAGCCAUCUACAGGACUGACAAUAUGGGCAGUACUCAGUAUGAGAAAGUUGUGGCGGUUAUCUCGAAGAGACCCGAACUUCGACAGGACUUCGAGAUACAAGGGCUGCUGCUAUGGCUUCGGAAGAAAUCUCAGUUAUUUUCGCAACUGAAGACAGAUUACCUGAAAGAUAUUGUUCGAAACUGCGGAAUGGUGUCUUAUGAUAAAGAGGAAAUGAUUAUCAAGCAGGGAGAAAGAGGCGACUGUUUCUACAUCAUCCUGGACGGUAAAAUCUCUAUCUUUAUCCUAAACAAAGACAAAGAUGCUGAUGACGAUGACCGCGCUAUGGAGGAAAUUGGUAGCCGGACACCGGAGGGGAAACUGGACAAGAGCAAACUCGGCAACUUUGUCACACAUUUAGGUUCCGGUGUCCCGUUUGGUGAGGUGGCGCUGAUGUCAGAUGAUUGUAUACGUACAGCGUCCAUCAUCUCUGAAGAAAAAACUGACCUUCUGGUAGUUGACAGGGCACUUUACAACAGAGCGGUCAAGAUUGUUCUAGCCAAAGAAUUCGAGGAAAAAGUUGAAUUUAUCAAAACAAACCCAUUGUUCGCUAACUGGGCACCGCGAUACAGGAAGCAAUUGACGAUGGCAAUGUAUAAAGAGACCUUGCCUUAUGACAGUGUUCUAGUGAGACAAGGGGGACCGGUGACCAACAUCUACUUUGUGAUAAGCGGACAGGUAGAAAUUCAAAUCGACCCAUCUCACCACCAAGUGCAAUAUCCCCGGAUCUUCAUGGAGGCUCAGGACGAGUCAGACAGGUUGAUACGGAAACACGAGAGGAUUCGUCCCCCAACGGAAGCACAAUACUCCACCUUCGUUAAGAAAAAAGACUCGACCAAAUACUCCAAACUGUGCAUUUUAGGCAUCAACGAAAGUAUAGGUGAGGUGGAAGUGCUGUUAGACCUACCGACAUACACCCAGACAGCCGUGUGUACCGAAAAGACUGACGUACUUGUGUUGGAAAGGAAACACUAUGAACGUUUGUUUGUCCGACGACAUCCACGUACGAUCGAGGCUAUGCGUGGAAUGUUUAAAGUAAAAUUAGAAACGCGCAUGAAUCUACUUACAAACAAAGAGGAACUGCCAUUUUUAAACCUGUUAAAAGACAGAAUUGAUUCAUACAACAAUCCAAAACCUUCCGCAGAUAAAAAGAAAAAAGAGCUGACUUCUGCUUCAGCUGCUGAAAAAGAGUUCCUGAAUCAUAAGGGUCCACUUAUAGAUAUAUAUGGACCUGGUAGUGUGUUCUACAUGAUCCGUGUCAGGGAAAAACACAAACAAAAGUACAAGGCUCACAAGGAACGCGGCAACUUCAAGAAGCCACUCACAAACGACAAUGGUCAUUUACACUCUGUCAGGGUGCCACAUACACUUUUAAUGGCAGCGCAAAUGUCGGGCGCUACCAGAGACUCAGAUGCCUUGAGUGAGCGCUCAGAGCAACCAACGCGAAUUGUGUCGAGCAGACUUCCCAGUGCACGCUCACUUCCUCAACGCAAUGCGCGAUCCUUUCGUCGGAUUCAGAGUGCCCAUCGAGCGACUGAGUCUGAUGACAAACAAGAAAAUGAUGAUAGUGAAAAGAACAAUGAUCUGGAGGACGAUGACGAUUUAGACAUCGCAAAGUCUCUACCUGAUACUCGACAGGCCACGGUCAUGUUUCCAGACACAAAAGAAGACAUGGCUCUGACGUCACUUGAGGAGCGAGUCCGGGAAUGGCUUGACAAGGGCAACACGUCACGUGGGUGUGCACAGGUGGCACAACUCAGACGACUUCCUAUGCAGAUCAGACGAAGGAAUUUGGCAACGUUGUAA